AUGGAUAUUUUAUACAUUGUCCUGUCGUGGAUUUUAUCAUGCGUGCUGCUUGCCCGCGACACGAACCAGGCAGCCAACCGAGACAGAAUCCAGUACAGCAGAGAGCUGUUGUUUCAGCUGAACCCAGCGAGCCUGCCGAGCGGAGCAGAUGUAGCAAAGCUAUCGGACUUCAUACAAAGAGACUUUAACGAAACCUGUCACUCGACAAGGGAAAGGAAAAGGAGAAAACGAGGAAAACGCGGAGGGGUCCGACUUCGUUUAAGGAAGCAGCGCCUGACCCGGAUCCCCUUGCCUUCCAUGAUUCUGGGGAAUGUGCAGUCGCUCAGAAACAAGGUGGACGAGCUCCAGGGGAACGUCCGGUUCCAGAAGGACUACGGGGAAUGCUGUGUCCUGGCCUUAACGGAGACCUGGCUGACCGACCGUGACCAGAACCAUGACCUGCUCAUUGACGGCUUUGGGCCUCCCGUCCGGCUGGACCGGCAGGCCGAAGCAACGGGAAAAACUCUCGGCGGUGGGAAACAUAAAGGCAAAGAGAGACCCACAAGUUAUCGUUGUGAUCACUGCAAGAAAGUCCUCACCACUUCAUCAGGUCUGAGAAAACAUAAGAUGAUUCACACUGGAGAUAAACCGUUCACUUGUGAUCAGUGUGGAGCAGCUUUUACCAGACAAGAUAAUCUAAAGAUUCACCAACGUAUUCACACUGGAGAUAAACCGUUCAGUUGUGAUCAGUGUGGAGAAGCUUUUACCAGAGGAGAUAAUCUAAAGAUUCACCAACGUAUUCACACUGGAGAUAAACCGUUCACUUGUGAUCAGUGUGGAGCAGAUUUUACCAGAGGAGAAAAUCUAAAGAUUCACCAACGUAUUCACACUGGAGAAAAACCAUUCACUUGUGAUCAGUGUGGAGCAGCUUUUACCAGAGGAGAAAAUCUAAAGAUUCACCAACGUAUUCACACUGGAGAUAAACCAUUCACUUGUGAUCAGUGUGGAGCAGCUUUUACCAGAUCAGGUUAUCUAAAUAUUCACCAACGUAUUCACACUGGAGAUAAACCAUUCACUUGUGAUCAGUGUGGAGCAGCUUUUACCACAUCAAGUCAUCUAAAGAUUCACCAACGUAUUCACACUGGAGAUAAACCGUUCAGAUGUGAUCAGUGUGGGGCAGCUUUUACCCAACAAGGCAAUCUAAUGACUCACCAACGUAUUCACACUGGAGAUAAACCGUUCAGAUGUGAUCAGUGUGGAGCAGCUUUUACCACAUCAGGUAAUCUAAGGACUCACCAACGUGUUCACACUGGAGAUAAACCGUUCACUUGUGAUCAGUGUGGAGCAGCUUUUACUGAGUCAGGAACGCUUAUGAUUCACCAACGUAUUCACACUGGACAUAAACCGUUCAGAUGCGAUCAGUGUGGGGCAGCUUUUACCACAUCAGGUGGUCUAAAGAUUCACCAACGUAAUCACACUGGAGAUAAACCGUUCAGAUGCGAUCAGUGUGGGGCAGCUUUUACCACAUCAAGUGGUCUAAGAAAUCACCAACGUAUUCACACUGGAGAUAAACCGUUCAUAUGUGAUCAGUGUGGAGCAGCUUUUACUGAAUCAGGUAGUCUAAAGAUUCACCAACGUAUUCACACUGGACAUAAACCGUUCAGAUGCGAUCAGUGUGGGGCAGCUUUUACCACAUCAGGUGGUCUAAAGAUUCACCAACGUAUUCACACUGGAGAUAAACCGUUCAGAUGUGAUCAGUGUGGAGCAGCUUUUACCACAUCAAGUGAUUUAAGGACUCACCAACGUAUUCACACUGGACAUAAACCGUUCAGAUGCGAUCAGUGUGGGGCAGCUUUUACCACAUCAGGUGGUCUAAAGAUUCACCAACGUAUUCACACUGGAGAUAAACCGUUCCGAUGUGAUCAGUGUGGAGCAGCUUUUACUGCAUCAGGUAAUCUAAUGACUCACCAACGUAUUCACACUGGAGAUAAACCGUUCAGAUGUGUACAGUGUGGGGCAGCUUUUACCACAUCAAGUAAGCUAAAGAGACACCAACGUACUCACACGAGUAAUAAACUCUAAAGAUGUGAUCAAUAUGAAGUGUGGAAUUGCAAAAAACACCUCAGCACAAAAAGCAAAAUAAUCAGACAACAUCAUACCAGAACUCGAAAGGCUAUCAUAUGAUGCCCCCUGGACACCUCCUGGGAAGGUGUUCCUGGCAUGUCCCACCAGGAGAAGAUCCAGGACACA